UAUGUAAGAGCCGCGGGAAGUAUACGUGCGUGUAACAUCGUGCGUCUAUUUUCACGAUAUUUCGGUCAACUUUUUAUAGAAGUGGUAUAGCGGUCGGUGGACAUUAUGUGAUGUUCAGCUUUACGUUGCAAAAUAAUCUGUGAUAUUUUGUGGACAUUAAUAUUAUAUAGUGUAAUUAAAUAAUACAAUAAAAUGGCAGACGAAAAGGGCGAUGCUACACCAUUCCUUAAAAAUGGAGUUAAACCGACUGUCGCAAAAACACCAACGCCCGAAAAGCCUAAAACGGGGAAAGAAGGCAGAGGAAAGGCAUUUAAGCAAAUUGUUGCAGCUUUAAUAGCAAAUUUAGGAACUAUAAAUACUGGAAUGGCAUUUGGAUUUUCGGCGACGGCGUUGCCGCAACUGAAGAGUCCCGAUUCGAGUAUACAUAUAACAGAAAAUGAGGCUAGUUGGAUAGCAAGUUUAAGUUCAGUGGGUACGCCGAUCGGAUGCAUAGUGAGCGGGUACCUCAUGGACAACAUCGGGCGCAGGCGCACGUUGAUCUUCACAGAGAUACCGCUUAUACUGGGCUGGAUACUAAUUGCGUUUGCGCAGAACGUACCGAUGAUUUAUGUUGGGCGGUUGCUAGUGGGCUUCGGGUCGGGCAUGGUGGGCGCGCCGGCGCGCGUGUACACGUGCGAGGUGUCGCAGCCGCACCUGCGCGGCAUGCUCGGCGCCAUGGCGUCCGUCGGCGUCUCCACCGGCGUGCUCAUACAGUACAUCAUUGGCAGUGCAACAUCAUGGAACAUCCUAGCUGGCGUGAGUGCGAUCGUGCCAAUAGUAUCAUUCCUCGGCAUGUUGGUGCUCCCGGAGACUCCCAACUACCUCCUGACGCAGAACAAGGAGGAGAAGGCGGAGAAAUCUCUCUCGAAGUUGCGAGGCUCGACUUGCAAUUUGACUGAAGAGAUACAGAAAAUGGUUGCGUUCAAGGAGAAGAAUCACGUGGAACCUUUGAAAUCGCCGCGAGAAAUAAUCAAAGCGCUCAUGGCGCCAUCUACACUCAAACCUUUCGGGAUACUGGCGUUGUACUUCUUCAUCUACCAGUGGUGUGGCGUCAACACCAUUACGUUUUAUGCCGUUGAAGUUUUUGAGGCAUCCGGCGCAUCUCUAGACAAGUACUCAUUGACGAUAUCGAUGGGUGUACUGCGCGUGAUAUUUACAGUGGUGGGCUGCAUACUGUGCCGGCGCUGCGGCAGGCGACCGCUCACCUUUGUUUCGGCCCUCGGCUGCGGCACAUCCAUGACAGUUCUGUCAGUGUACUUGUACUAUGUGCAAUACUGGAAGGAGAACAGCAUCCAACCCCAGUACCCCUGGAUACCGGUGGCCAGCAUCUAUUUGUUCAUGAUCUUUUGCACCCUGGGCUUCUUGAUCGUACCCUGGAUUAUGAUUGGAGAGGUUUAUCCUACGCAGGUGCGGGGUAUAGUGGGCGGUAUGACGACGUGUGUGGCGCACUUGUCGAUAUUCUCGGUGGUGAAGACUUUCCCGCUGCUGAAGCACGCGCUGAACGACUACGGCGCGUUCGGUCUGUACGGCGCGCUGUCUCUCGCCGGAACUGCAUUUUUCUACGUAUUCCUACCGGAGACGAAAGGUCGUACCUUGCAAGAGAUAGAAGAUUACUUCUGCGGUCGAACGAAAACCCUAAAACAAAACGCACAGACGGACCUCGCGUAGUUUUAUAGGAAACUAGUUAUUUGGGAACAAAAUAGUUAAUAUUAUAAUGUAUUUAUGUUAAUAGUAACGCUGUAGUUUUUGUAAAUUUUUGCUUUUUAUCUUGUGCUAUGAUUAUAAUACCAGUUAUGUACCGAUUUUUUUAAGAUUAGAUCAUUUUUUUUUU